GCUGAGUCCAGCCCCGCCUUCCAACUUCCGCUCUCGCGCGUCGCAGAAGCAGCCAGGGUUUCCUGCGAGUGUUGCGUUUGUUGACCCUGCUUCGUCCCGCGUUUAAGAUGCCUCGUGGAAGCCGAAGCCGCACUUCCCGCGUCGUCCCUCCGGCCAGCCGGGCGCCUCAGAUGAGAACUGCACCCAGGCCAGCACCCGCAGCUCAGCCACCAGCAGUGGCUCCACCAUCUGCUGUUGGCUCACCUGCUGCUGCUCCUCGGCAGCCAGGUCUGAUGGCCCAGAUGGCAACCACUGCAGCUGGCGUGGCUGUGGGUUCUGCCGUCGGCCACACUCUGGGUCAUGCCAUCACUGGUGGCUUCAGUGGAGGAAGUAAUGCUGAGCCCUCAAGGCCUGACAUCACUUACCAGGAGCCUCAGGGAACCCAGCUGGCACAGCAGCAGCAGAAUGGCCCAUGCCUUUUUGAGGUGAAACAGUUUUUGGAGUGUGCCCAGAACCAGGGUGACCUUAAGCUUUGUGAAGGUUUCAGUGAGGUGCUGAAACAGUGCAGACUGGCGAACGGGUUAGCUUAAUCAAGAAGUUCCAGUUGAAGGCAUGAAAAAUCAUCUCUCAUGACCAGGUUGAUUUAGCAUUAAAAAUAUAAUUGAUAGUGAAGAUAUAAAGUGUGAAGCCACCAGUUAACCGCUCCUCAAUCAUUAGUAGCUUUUGUGCUUCAGGAUUGCAGUGGAAGAGGGUAUUCUCACCAUAUAGAAGCUCCCUGAGAUGAUAUUGAGUUUGGGGCUAGGCGAAUGUUUGUGUGGCCUCUUAAACAUGCUUUUGUUUGUGAAUUAAUUAGAAUAAAGUGAUUUUAUUUCCAAA